AGGGGGGUGAAUAUCACGGAGAGCUUGGUGGACAAGUUUGGGCUGGUAAUAGCAAAAGCGAAGGUUCCAUUCCGUUCUUGCAUGGCCAUGUAUGCUGGUUCUAAUGCGGUCGAUUGGAACAGAUCUGGCACCAAAUCAACCUUCACGCCGAGUAUGACCUUCAUGGGAAGGACCACGCUCACCCGUGUUCUGUGUUAAGUAUUGCGACUUGCAUUUGUCGCUUUCAUGCACAUAUUGAAGGUGGAGUACAGUCCGUUUGCGUCGAGCUCCCUCUGCACCACAGCCUACCAUCCCAGAAGACCUUCCCAUGGCUCAGUUCACAGCUUUGAAUCUAGAGUUAGACUUUACCAUUUACUACUCACGCAUCGUGCCUCAAGCAACAACACCAUCGAUAGCGGCAAUGGUACCACUCGUUGACGCUGCGCUGAGGUCAUUGAUUGCUGAUAAGCUGGCCAAGAGGGCUCCGAUGGUCUUCGCAAGGGGCUGCUUGAAGAGGGUUGCUAAUCAUUCUCAACAUUUCGAAGAACUUGGUCGAACGCUUUGUAAAUUUGCGGCAAGGACUGAUGACAUGGAUAUGAAGAAAGCAUUCGAAACACUCGCUAUCGACACAGAUCUGGACGAACCGUGGAAACGCCUUCAACUACCCCUGUGGAAGUAUACUACCCACCGACUAUAUAUAACACCUGUAAAGCGUGAUUUACAUGAAAUUACCCUCGAAACACAUGAUGAAGAGGUUUCGUCUGAUGAGAUGGAGGCUGAUGAUGUCUUCAUGGAUGAUUCGAAUUCGGAGUAUCCAGAUUCUGAGGAUGACGAUGAGUUUCCCUUCAGCGAACUCGAUACACCGCAGACGGCAUAUGUUCCCACGCCAUCACAAUCUGUCAGUGCACCCGCAACCCAAUUUCCCCUGCCAGACAGUCAACCUAUCGUCAACUUAGACGACGACGAGUUUUUCGUCUUCUCCGACGAUGAAGACGCGUUACAUGGCCCUUUCUCCCAGCCGCUUAAGAAACGACCAAAGCUCUCACCCUCUUCUAAAGUAUACGAGGGUACGCAAGCGUUGAUACAACGGCAACCUCUGAACGAGCUGAAGAAUACCACCUUCGAUGAAGCAAUAGACGAGGCGGAGUUUCCAUUUUCCGACGCGGAGAUGGACGAGAUACAGGAUGAAGAUGAUAUCAUGUCAGAGCUGAAUGAAUAG